UCGGACCAACCAUCUGGUGACGCUGAGGACGAAAGCAGUACCGCUACAUUAUAAGUGCACUGGUUUUGAAAAGAGUUGCUUAUGUGUGCUUUAUUUUGAUGCUCAAUUGUAUCAGGGCGUCUAAAAUUGUCGAUGAUAGCUGUCGCUUUUGGUUUUGUCACCAGAAAAGUAACAGCUGUAGCUGUUGGGCGAUGUGUACAUCAGACAAGAAACAUGACAACAUCACUGAAAGUGAACCCAGUCGUCGCUGUCUGUCAGAUGACAAGUACGAGUGACAAGACGACAAACUUCCAGACUUGUCUCAGUCUCAUACAGAGGGCCAGACAAAAAGGUGCCACGUUGGUGUGUUUACCUGAAGCAUGUGAUUACAUAGCAGAAUCCAAAGAGUUGUCUGUUAAGAUGUCGGAACCACUAGAUGGCAGCACUGUGUCUAAGUUCAAGCAAGCCGCCAUUGACAACGGAGUGUGGCUGUCUGUUGGCGGGUACCACCAGAAGGUAUCUGACACGGCAAACCGAGUAUCAAACACUCAUCUGCUGAUCAGCAGUGACGGUCAAAUCAAAGCCACGUACAACAAGAGCCAUCUCUUUGACCUUGACAUUGCUGGAAAAGUGAGACUGUGUGAAAGUGACUACACUGUUCCCGGAAAGGCAAUAACACCGCCCGUAGAGACACCAGUCGGAAACAUCGGACUCGAGACUUGUUAUGACUUGAGGUUUCCGGAGAUGUCGAUAGCACUGGCACAGCAGGGAGCUCACAUCCUGGCAUUUCCGUCGGCAUUUACACAAACCACUGGCAUGGCCCACUGGGAGGUGUUAUUGAGGAGUCGAGCGAUUGAGACUCAGUGCUAUGUGUUGGCUGCAGCACAGACCGGGAAACACAACACCAAACGAUCAUCAUACGGACACGCUAUGAUAGUUGACCCGUGGGGAUGUGUGAUUGCUCAGUGUAAAGAAGGGGUUGAUGUGUGUACUGCGGAGAUUGAUCUCGAGUACUUGGAGAAGAUUCGUCAGGACAUGCCCGUCUGGCAGCACCGGCGACACGACCUGUACGGACGUAUAGUCACCACAUCCACAGUUCUGUGUGUUUCAGGAGAUGUAGACAGUACAGAGAUCUACCAGUUCGGUCAGUACCCUGUCAAGUCAGCGAGCGUCUUCUACAGGUCGGCCUUGUCCUAUGCAUUCGUCAACAUCAAACCAGUCGUACCAGGACAUGUGCUGGUUGCGUCUGUGCGGCAUGCAGAGAGAUUCUCUGACCUGACGACGGCCGAGGUUUCUGAUCUCUUCUGUGUGGUUCAGAAGGUGUCGGCGGCCGUGGAGAGACAGAACGGAGCGACAUCUGUCACGAUCGCCGUACAGGAUGGGGCCGAGGCCGGGCAAACUGUUCAGCAUGUUCAUGUGCACGUUUUACCAAGGAAAGCAGGAGACUUUGAGGAGAAUGACGACAUCUAUAAUGAGCUCCAAAAACAUGACUCUGAGAUCGACCUGGAAUCACGUAGGAAUUUACGUACAGAAGAAUCAAUGCAGUCUGAGGCAAAGGAACUCCGACAACACUUCAGCUAACAGAAAAUAUUCCAGUAGAGCUUGUAGUUAAUGCACUGAGUAUUAAUAGUUGAUUAGCUUUAUGUUUUGCCUGUAAUAAUAUAUUGGAUUUUUUUUACUGUAAAAAUUACUUAAAAAUUGUUCAGUUGUUUUUAUACGCCCAUCUGUGAUGGGUCGUAUUAUGGAAUUUUACACUUUAGUAUGUAGUCAUUAAUGGUAUUUCAGAAAAAGAAAACAACUUUAUUAUAAUCCUAUAAUCAGAACUAUUCUUUAAAAAAUUAAUAUACUGUGGAGGAUGUAGAAAACGCUAAACACAAACCCAUUAAUAUAUUGUAGAGGAUGUAGAAAACACGAAACACAAACCCAUUAAUAUAUUGUGGAGGAUGUAGAAAACACUAAAAAACACGAAACACAAACCCAUUAAUAUAUUGUGGAGGAUGUAGAAAACACAAACCCAUUAAUAUAUUAUGGAGGAUGUAGAAAACACGAAACACAAACCCAUUAAUAUAUUGUGGAGGAUGUAGAAAACACAAACCCAUUAAUAUAUUGUGGAGGAUGUAGAAAACACAAACCCAUUAAUAUAUUAUGGAGGAUGUAGAAAACAAGAAACACAAACCCAUUAAUAUAUUGUGGAGGAUGUAGAAAACACAAACCCAUUAAUAUAUUAUGGAGGAUGUAGAAAACACGAAACCCAUUAAUAUAUUGUGGAGGAUGUAGAAAACACGAAACAAACCCAUUAAUAUAUUGUGAAGGAUGUAGAAAACACGAAACACAAACCCAUUAAUAUAUUGUGGAGGAUGUAGAAAACACUAAAAAACACGAAACACAAACCCAUUAAUAUAUUGUGUGGAGGAUGUAGAAAACACAAACCCAUUAAUAUAUUGUGGAGGAUGUAGAAAACACAAACCCAUUAAUAUGUUAUGGAGGAUGUAGAAAACACGAAACACAAACCCAAUAAUAUAUUGUGGAGUACAAACAAGAAACACAAGCAUGUAUAGUAUUGUGUAUAAAUGUAUUAUAUACUGAAUGUAUAACUACUUUAUAGCAAAUCACUCAUGGUGAAUCACCGUGUUAUUCCACACAAGAAAACAGUUCACUUGUAAUCAUCACUGUUCAUAGAGUCCACUAGUUCAUGGUGUGCUGGAUUCACUGGGUGUGUAUUAACAGUUUGUAUACGAUGGCCAGAUAGCCACUAUGGUGUUACUCACAGUGUUUGAAGGCAAACAUAUUAAUACAUACUUUACAUAAUACUGCAUUGUAAAUAGUAACAUGACAUCAUAGUGAAAUUAUUGGUGCAAAUCUCAAAAUGUAACAGCCUGGAUUUAGAUCCGUCUUUGUUGCCUUAGUUGACCAUUUUUAUUUCUUACACUAUCUUGUUAAAGUAUUGGUUGUGUUAGAUGUUUUUAUGAAUAAAUAGAUCAGUAUCA